AUGUCGAUCUACGGAAUGAAGUUCGGGGACGUGGGGAACGAGAUCGUCUCGAAGUCCCUGCGGACGGCGCUCGACUUUGAGAAGGACUUCAAUGGGUGGAAAUUCAUCCAGUUCUCCCAGGAACACACCGAGAUCCCCAUCUUCGCCGUCACGGCCUACCUCUUCUUCGUCUUCUACUUCCCCGGCCAGAUGGUCCACCGGUCCGCGUGGAAGGGCACGAGCUCGAUGCUGACGGUCGCGCUGUGGAACCUCGGCCUCGCGGCGUUCUCCCUGUGCGGCGCCCUGCGCAUGGCACCCUUCCUUCUAACCAAGGUCCACGAGGAGGGCUUCCGCUGGACGGUGUGCACGGACCCGGGGGACUGGUACAUCAACGGCCCCGUGGGCUUCUGGAUGAUGGCGUUCAUAUUCUCGAAGAUCCCCGAGCUCAUGGACACGGUGUGGCUGGUGCUGAAGAAGAAGCCCGUCAUCUUCCUGCACUGGUUCCACCACCUGACCGUGCUGCUCUACUGCUGGCACUCGUACGUCAACCGCAUCGGCCCGGGCAUCUGGUUCGGCGCCAUGAACUACUGCGUCCACGCCAUCAUGUACUUCUACUACUUCCUGGCAACAGUCCCCUCCCUGCGGAAGCUCGCGCGCCCGAUGGCGCAGCUCAUCACGACGGUGCAGAUCCUGCAGAUGGUCGUCGGGUCCACCGUCACCGUCGCCUCCGCGUGGUACGUGUACGUCGGCGGCGCCGCGUCGUGCCACGUCAACUCCGCGAACUGGAAGAUGGGCCUCGCGAUGUACCUGUCGUACCUCGUGCUCUUCUGCGUCCUCUUCAUCGACAAGUACCUCCCCAAGGACAAGACCGGGCGCGACAAGGCCGAAAUCUGCGGCGUGGAGGUCAACGCCAAGCAGGUCGACCGCGCCGGGUUCUUCCACACGGACGAAAACAAGGGCAGCAACGCCGACCUGCGGUCCGCGAAGAAGCGCAAGUGA